GUGAAGAAAAAUGCAGCAGCCUAAACUCUGAAAUUCCACACAGACACGGUUGCUUCUUUAACAUAAUUUCUCAUACUUAAAAAUUUAUAUAAAGAAAAAAUUAGAAAUUUUCUGUUUCCUAGUACUUUAUACUAAGUCCUUGGAUUUUCUUAAAUGGACUAAUUAUUUUGUGUACCGGCUAUGACCAAACCCAAAAAACUUCUUUCAAACUUUCUGAAACCUUUCUUCUCAAGCUCCAAUAAAGGACAAAAUGAAGAGGACUUGGAGAAAAUUGCAGCACAAGAACAGAAGCAAUUCCCUUUUGAAGUACUCGUUUCUGCUACCAAAGAUUUCCACCCCGAUAACAAGCUUGGUGAAGGUGGAUUUGGGCCUGUUUUCAAGGGGAUAUUGAAAGAUGGGAGGGAAAUAGCUGUGAAGAAGCUUUCACAUAGCUCAAGGCAGGGGACAAAGCAAUUCAAGAAUGAAGCUAAGUUGUUGGCUCGUGUACAACAUAGAAAUGUGGUGAAUUUGUUAGGGUACUGUGCCCAUGGGGUAGAGAAGCUGCUUGUCUAUGAGUAUGUAGCUAAUGAGAGCCUUGACAAGAUCCUCUUCAAAUCUACUAAUAGAGAUGUACUCAACUGGAAGCAAAGGCAUGACAUAAUUAUUGGCAUUGCUAGAGGGUUGCUAUACCUUCAUGAAGGUUCACAUAACUGCAUCAUCCACCGCGACAUCAAAGCUAGCAACAUCCUACUUGAUGACAAAUGGGUGCCCAAGAUUGCUGAUUUUGGAAUGGCCCGACUAUACCCUGAAGAUCAAACACAUGUUAACACCCGUGUAGCUGGUACUAAUGGCUAUAUGGCACCGGAGUAUGUUAUGUAUGGACAUCUAUCGGUGAAGGCUGAUGUAUUCAGUUUCGGAGUUGUCGUUCUGGAGCUCAUAAGUGGUCAGAAAAAUUCAAACUUUAACAGAGAUCCUGAUUCCCGGAGCCUUCUUGAAUGGGGAUACAAACUUUACAAGAAGGGUAGGAGCUGGGAAAUUAUGGACCCUGCACUCGCACAAUCAGCUGUUCCUGAUGAGAUAGCAAUGUAUGUACAGAUCGGCUUAUUAUGCACGCAAUCUGAUCCGCAACUACGUCCAACCAUGCAACAGUUAGUGGUGAUGCUAUCAAAGAAACCCGGAUCUCUUGAUAAAGAGCCAACAAGACCUGGAUAUCCUGGUUCAAGAAUUAGAUCUGGCAGACCAGCUGGUUCGUCUCAUACAACUGGAACCUCCGGUGCAUCCAAUCCGUCUACAUUCAGCUCCACAUCUAGUAGCAACACUGUUAGUGCAACUGCGAGUACGUCCAUAACUACAAGACAUAGAUUGGACCCUCAUGGAAAACGUCCUAUGAGAGAUUAACCGCAUUCUUGUUUGAUAUUUUGCUCAUUCUUUUGUGUAUACAUUCAAUUUUGUAUCAUAUAAAUUGCUUACAGAUAGAGAUUAAUGUGUAGGACUACCCACUGAUAGUUAACAUGUAAUUCCUGCUAAAAUUUGAAUGCUGCACCCACUUCAUUGAAUUAAUGCAAAAGGCUUGUUUAAAUAUGUA